UGUUUAUCUUUUCCUUUAGCCAUCUGUGUUUAGUGUUCAUUUGUGACGUGAAUGUCGCUACCGUCAACUUGUCAAUGUCAACAUCGCCAACCUGCCAUACUGACGUGUCUAAAUUCAAAAAUAUGUUCAUAUUUUUCUUGGAAGAUAAAUGUAUUUUGUAAUUUGAGCAACAUGAACGUGUUUAUUCUUUUAGUGUUCUUUAUAAAAUUAUAUCCAAUCGAUUCACAGAAAGUUGCUCCAGGUGUACCGCCACAACAUUAUCAGGUAAGUUUUUAAUUUUUACUAUACUAUUUAUAGUCAAAUGAUAAAAUUUAAAUGAAAACGAUAAAAUCAUACAUUGUUUUGCUAGCGUAACAUCUACUAAGAAUAUUUAAACCAAGGUUCGGCUCCUGAAUAGUCAUGCUGCAUGCGAGUAUAUCAUUGUUUGGGUUAGAGCUCCAACAGCUGGCCCAAGAAGUAUUUACAGGUUUGGAGUCUUUUGAUGGCUUAAUAUGGUUCUCAGAGGUAGUCAGUUAUAAAAUAAUGAGGUAGCCAAUAUAUGGUUCAGAUUUUUAAACACAUUGGUAUUUUGAUGAAACCUAGCAGCAGUACCAGGCACCCCCACCACAACAACAGCAAUAUGCUUCACAGUACCAGCAACCACCUCAACAACAGGUGCCUAUGCAACAACAAGUUCCAGUGCAACAACAAGUUCCUGUGCAACAACAAGUUCCUGUGCAACAGCAGGUCCCUAUGCAACAGCAUCCAGCAGGUGGUCAUGUGCAUGGACAUGGUCAUGAUCAUGGACAGAGGAUUCUGGGUGGGAAUGUGCAACAGGAGGCACAGCAUAUUAAAGAGCACUUGGAGGUGCCAAUAGAUACGAGCAAAAUGUCUGACCAAGAAUUACAAUUUCACUAUUUCAAAAUGCAUGAUGCUGAUAACAACAACAAACUUGACGGCUGUGAAUUGAUAAAGUCUCUUAUCCACUGGCAUGAACAAGGCAGCAAAGACAAACCUGGCAAUGUCGAUGAAAAAAUCUUCAAAGACGAAGAGCUAGUGAAUCUGAUCGACCCGAUUUUGAACGUGGACGAUCACAAUAGAGACGGCUACAUCGACUAUCCUGAGUUUGUAAGAGCUCAGCAGAAAGCGGCAGCUGCUCAGCAGCAAGGCAGGCAGUAAGGGAGCUAAAAGGGGCACACCUUUGGAUAUCAAAAGCCCAAAAUACAUAUCAUGGUUCAGUUUUAAAAAUGAAUUAAUGAUUGGUGAAAAAAACUCAGUGAAGAUUUUGUAAGCUGCAUUGCUAUACAAGGCCACAAGGCAAAAUAUAUUGCGAACCCAACAGUAUAUUCUGCCAUCUAUGUAGCAUACUGACAACGUAUGAUCGGUCGCUUUUAUUCGUCCUAAUAAUUUAUAUUCAUAGGGUCAUGCUCAUCAAUAUUGAUAUAUGAAAUUUGAAAUAAUGAGUACUUUUUUCAUUAUUUUGACAUUUCUCUGGUUAUCUGGGUAAUCAGGCAUGCAUUUAACUUCUAGACAAAACUUCCUACACCCGUUUUGUGGAGACUAUUGGUAUCCAAAGGUGGGUUAGAAGUGUGAAAGAUUUUUUGUUUGGCGAAUGACAACAUUAAGAUUGCUCAAUGAACAAAUAUAUCUAAAAAAAAAUUUUUUGUGAUACAAUGAUAUACAGGUAAUUUUUCAAAAAAAAAAAGAAAACGUUCGCCUCAUGAAAAGUUUUGGAAUGCAAAAUGCUUUAUGUUGGAGUGAUGUUGAUUUUUGAGGUGGACUUCAUGAAUCUGAAUGAUCGAGGUAAAGGAUUGUUAGAAGUAGAUCUUCCAUUUGUCUGUAGUAUAUUCAUAAAGUUCAUUAGAAUCGAUCAUAAAGCUUUGUGAAAUACAUCCUCAAACUUUUGUAAGUUUCAACUAAUACAGGGCCAAAAAAGCUGUUUUAUUCAGGAAAUAUAUUCAUGUUCAGUGAAGUAUAAGUGAAAAAUCAUUUUUACAUUCCGUGUCGAUCGACAAAUUUAGAUAUUGAUUUAUUUUUUUUGUUGCGGUUAUUUACGGUGUGUGUCACUUAUAUGUUGGUUUAUGCUUACAAAAAUUGGAUUAGAAUAUAAAUAAUUCAUGUUUUGCUUUGUUAAAAACAAACUAGAACAAAUUAGAAUAGCGUUUUUGGACGUCAUAUUCUUUAGCAGCAGCAUAUUCUAUAAUUGAUAAACGUACAUGGUUUAAAUUCUUCCAUUGGAAAUAUAUAGGGUGAUCAAGAAAUACGUGCAAUAUUUCUAGUGCGGAAAGUAUAUAAAAAAGCUUCCAUACGCAUGCGUCGUAAAUAUUUUUUUACCAAGAUACAGGGUGUUGUAAAUUUAUACGCUACUGAUGAGAGUGAACAAGGAGAAGACAUUAAUAUUCUUCAAAUAACACUAUAGUAAUGUAGGAUUACUCUCCUUAUAUACAAUUUUCAAUAUCAGACUUUACUAAUUUUAGUUUAUUUUCAACGCAUAAAUGAUUGAAGUCUUUUGUACGGAUUUAACCCCAAAUAUUAAAAACAUUUUCCCUCCACAAGGGGUAGUCUUACAAACAUUUCUCAAGUAAGGCGAUUCAUAUGCAUUUCAGUACUUUCUUGAAAAAUACAAUGAUAAUUUUGAAAAAGUAUGGCUUACAAAAUAAUUUCUCAAUUUCUGUGCUACUGUUGUAGUCUCAGGUACCCAAGUUAUUUUUAUAUGUAAUAUAUAAGGGACCAUUUUAGGACCUACAUUUAUAUAAUUUUUUUGCGUUACUUUUUGAUCUACUUUAUGCCCUAGAAAUAUUACCACGUUUUUAUGAAUAGCCCCGUGUGCUUUCCGAAAAUUAGAAUAUCGUGUUAAAACAAUAUUCAUUGUUAUUUUGAUUCACCCUGUAUGGUGUGUCGGUCGGAUAUAUUUGCUCUCACCAUAAACCUAUUUUUAUGUAAAUACAUAUAACUCUUGGUCAGUAAAAUUACAUUUUCAAUGGACACAUGCUUAUGUGUAUUUUAUAUUCAUCACAUUCCGCUAGCGUUAAUAAUUCUCGAAUCUCAUCAUUGUAAUCGAUUCUACUCAUAUUUUGUAUUUUUAUAAGAUAAAUAUUUACUUUAAAUGAUAAAUAGAGUGGUGAAACAAAUAUAUUCGAUAUUUUAUGUUUUGUUACAUUGAUUAAAAUUGUUGCUCUGUGUGUAAAGUUUGGAGGUUUUGAUUCUCGUAUUUAUUAUCAUGUUUCUUUUGGUUUUCGAACAAUAUUUGUACAUUUUUGUACUUGAUAUUUUUGUAAAAGACUUUAAAUACAUUCCCUUUUUAGCGAAGUGUUGAGUUUGUUUUAAUAGAGGACAUGCUUGAAGGCGGAUUAGCGCCAAUUUUGUUGCUAUAUGAAUAUACCACUGUCCUGAAAACUCCCAAGUGUCUUCCUUAUAAUUCGAGGAUUCGAUCGAAUAAUACAAUG